CGUGCGGAGCAGCUCCCCGGGCAGCUCCCGGUCGUGCCUUUUCCCUGCGGGGCCGCGGAGACCGGAAGGCGGCAUCCAUCGCCCGCAAGGCCUGAGCGUCCGCUGCCCACCGGCCCAGCACAGCCCAUUAAAGCCGGAUCCGAACUUGGAUUCUGUGCGGCUGAUUGCGGAGCUGUCUGGACGCCCCGAGGUCCCGGAUCGGCGAUCCCCGGUGGACAGAGAGAUAGCGUAGCCCGACGACGAGCUUUCGCACCAAGGCCACCGGUUACAGAAGCUGGGAGUGAAAUAAAGGCGCGCGCGCCAGGUCCUGCGCUCCUCCCCUACCGAGAUAGGAAGAAGGCAGAGUGCCCCAGCGCGCCCGCAGGUUAGGCUUCCCCACAAAGCCUGAGCAGCUUGUUGUGUUCGGAUACCGGAGCGUCGAUCGUCGUGGGCAGUCGGUCAUGGCUAGCAUCAUCGCGCGCAUGGCUAAUAGCCGGCGGCAAAACGCCCCCUUGCCGCCCUGGGCCCAUUCAAUGCUGCGGUCCCUGGGGAGGAGUCUCGGUCCUUUAAUGGCCAGCAUGGCAGAGAGGAACAUGAAGGUGUUCUCGGGGAGGGUGGUGCCAGCCCAGGGGGAAGAAACCUUUGAAAACUGGCUGAUCCAAGUCAAUGGGGCCCUACCCGAUUGGAAUAUGUCCGAGGAGGAAAAGCUCAAGCGCCUGCUGAAAACCCUCCGAGGCCCCGCCAGGGAGGUCAUGCUUUUGCUCCAGGCGGCCAACCCCAACCUAAGCGUGGCAGAUUUCUUGCGCGCGAUGAAAUUGGUGUUUGGGGAAUCUGAAAGCAGUGUGUCCACUCACGGUAAAUUUUUUAACACCCUGCAGGCACAAGGGGAGAAAGCCUCCCUUUAUGUGAUCCGUUUAGAGGUGCAGCUCCAGAAUGCUAUUCAGGCAGGGAUCAUAGCUCAGAAAGAUGCAAACCAGACUCGCCUGCACCAGCUCCUUUUAGGGGCCGAGCUGAAUGGGGACCUGCGCUUUAGGCUGAAGCAUCUUCUCAGGAUGUAUGCAAACGAGCAGGAGCGGCUCCCCAAUUUCCUAGAGUUAAUCAAGAUGAUAAGGGAGGAGGAGGAUUGGGAUGACACUUUUAUUAAACAGAAACGGCCCAAAAGAUCUGAGUCGAUGGUGGAGAGGGCCACCAGCCCCGUGGCAUGUCAGAGCUCCCCUCCGAUAGUGGUGGACGGUGCUGACUGCAACGUGAUAGAGAUAGACGAUGCCCUGGAUGACUCAGAUGAGGACGUGAUCCUGGUAGAGUCUCAGGACCCUCCACUGUCCUUCUCAGCUUCCCCUCUCCCCAGACGCAGGGCCAGAUCUCAGGACCAAGUGUUGGUCAUUGAUUCCCCGGACAGUUCCCGGGCUCAAUCUCCGUCCACCAGUGGGGGUUCUGGGCACAAGAAUGAUGGCUCUGGGAAUCUGCGUAGAGCCAGGAAGCGAAAACACACAAUCCGCUGCUCAUAUUGCGGUGAGGAGGGCCACUCCAAGGAAACCUGUGACAAUGAGAGCAACAGGGCCCAGGUGUUUGAGAAUCUGAUCAUCACCCUGCAGGAGCUGACGCAUACAGAGGAGGAGGGGCCAAGAGAGGCGCCCGGCGAACAAAAUGACCCUUCUGAACUGCAGUGAGGUGGUAACCCCUAGCCUUAAGUGAACCCUGACCCGUACUCAGUGUCCAGCAGUGUGACAACUGGGGAGGGGAGCUUCUCGUUGCAUGAAUUCACAAAGCAGCUUUCUUUUUCGGAGCGGAGUAGAAAGGGUCUUGGAUACCAGUUCUAUGGAGGGAGACACAGCCUGACCUCUGUCCUUGCCUUCCCCACUCCCCUCUCUGCAGCCUAAGGGUCUGUUUUCUCUGUGUGCCCAUUUCCUUGAUGACUUUAUUCUCUUUGUGAAAGUGGCAUAAUUCAUCGUUACAUCUUCAAACAAAGUACAAAAAAGCGAAGUGCAAAUUACCCCAAACUCUCCACCCUGAUCUAUUGUCAACCCUUUGAUGAGUGUUCUAGAACUUUCCCUAUUCCUAUGUACCCAGAUAGAUAUACAUAUAGAUAAAAGUGAUCAAAUAUAAGUGCUGUUCUAUAGUCUGUAUUUUUCCACCAAACGAUGUAUGUUGUGGGCUUCUUUCUAUG